UGUGCGUGUGUUUGUGUGAAAUAGGUUUGUUAUUGUCCGCUUGGGAAAUGAAAUCAUGCAGCCCCUGUGCAAAUGUUUGGUUCUCCUGAUUUUUGUCGUUUAUUUGCUUAUUCUGUGUGAAUUAUUAACUUGGUCCCCCCAGAACAUUCUGGGAGAACACGGCGGCGGUGAUUAUUUGUAUUUCAAGAAAUAUGACAAACCGAGUUCGGUGGACAUUAAUCUGGAUAAAGUUAAAAUUCAUUCGAAAAGUUUUAUUCAUGUUACCGAAGUGGAUGGACCCAAUAUAAGAGAGCCCGGUGAUACCAAUGUGAAUAAAUUUGAUAUAAAACAGUCACCUGUUACAUACAGAAAAAAAGAGACUAGUAAUAAAUGGAAUAAAGCAAUAAAGAUUGGUGAGUUGAGGGAUAAAAAUAGUACCAAAUUGAAAACGAAAGGACCAAAGAUAAAACGUAAAACCGACGUGAUAAGAUCGGAUAUUAAAAUUAGGAACGAUUGGCAGCCUGUGGAUGAUCCAGCCACGUUAUUUGUAUUUAGUGGGUAUUUUGAUGACAAAUCCAAACAUCCUGUGAUCCGGAUCAUUGGUAUAUCCCUUAGGAACAGAACCCAACCUUACAUCAACUGUAGGUUCACGACGAACACUCCCGAUGGUCCGAUAACCUAUCGGCGUGAGGGGUAUAUCCGAGGAUUACCGGAAGACAAAGGCUUGAAAUAUUUUGGAGUGUUUGUGAUUUGCAAAAUAAAACCAGAUGACAGACCCUCGACGGUUUCAGUCAGUCUGAAGACUCAAGAAUCGAUGAAUAAAAUCCGAAUUUCCUAUCCAGAUCCUCCACAAGUAGAGUUUGCCGUUUGUUUUCCUGCUGUUACGUCUAAAUAUAACAAUAUCUUUGAACUGGUUCAAACCGUUGAAAUGGCGCGAAUAUUGGGCGCGCAGAAGUUUUAUAUCUACGACCAUGGUGCUCCGCCGGAAAUCCGGCGCAUUCUUCAUUUAUAUAGACAACAGGGACUAUUUGAGGUGAUUGAAUGGAAACUUCCUGUUUUCGAGAUUCAUUAUUUUGGCCAGCUCGUGGCUGUGAAUGAUUGUUUGUAUAGAAAUGUUGGGAUAACUAAAUAUGUUUUGUUUAUGGAUUUGGAUGAAAUGGUGAUACCAAGACAACACAGCACGUGGUUGGAAAUGAUGAAAGUUCUCGAUAAAGAAAAGGGAGGCUACUCCACAUUUUAUUUCCAAAUGUCCUACUUUCAUAAAGAAUGGGAAGAUGUCUACGAUAGGCUUGAACAAUUUAAACUCAACCAAACGGAAUUAGUUAAGAAGUUCCGCAUUCAGUUGUUAUCGAAAAUUUGGCGGGAAGAACAAAUUCAGAAAGUAAAAUACAGAUCUAAAUAUUUCGUUCGUCCUGAAAAGGUGGAAACACUCGCCAUUCAUGUUGUUUAUACCUACAGGGAUCGCAGCCGAUUCAACGCAGUCGAUCCUAAAAUAGCCAUUGUUCAGCAUUACCGGUUGCGGGGAAAUCAUCCAGCGCGUGUUCUCGAUUGGUCAGCUAGACGCUUUACAAAACCAUUAAUAAACAUGGUCGGCGAAACAUGGCUGCAGUUGAUGGAAGAAGACUGAACUUGUUCAAAAUCAUCGAAUUCGCUUUGGCGAAUCUAGUUGACUAUAUGGGUCACAGGGGUAUUAUGUCCAUUCGGACCUUAUAUUCGUUGCGUGGGGUACACAGGGGUAUUAUGUCCUAAUGGACCUUAUAAUCGUUGUGUGUUAUAGCCGUCGUGUGGCGCGCACACAGUAUAUGUCCCUGUUGAUGUUAUAGCCGUCUUGUGGGCUGCACACAGUUAAUAUGUCCUUUUCGAUGUUUUAGCCGACUUGUGAGGUUAUAGCCGUCUUGUAAGGCGCACACAGUUAAUAUGCCCCUGUCGAUGCUAUAGCUGUCUUGUGGGGCGCACACAGUUAAUAUGUCCCUGUCGAUUUUAUAGCCGUCUUGUGGGCCGCACACAGUUAAAUGAACGUGAAAGGACUUCGUGUUAAAGUUUCCAGCAUUAAACACCAAAGCGGUUCACACACGCACAAUAUUUUUAGGAAUACAAUUGUCGAUAAUGAAUAUUGACAAUACUAUUGCUGGUCUGUGAUUGAAGUCUUGUGAAAUAUAUUGGCGAAAUCAAAAUCAGUUGAUUAAGGCGAGGACAACUGAUCAUUCCAUGAUAAAGGAUGACAGUUGGACAGAAAUGUCACUAUCCGUCCUCAUCAGCCCAAUUGAUGCAGCGGGUCAGAUGGCCGAAUGGUUAGCGCGUCGGUGUUGCAUCAUAAGGUCUGUCAUUGAGUCAACUGGCGUGGUUUCGAUUCCCCGGUUGUACGUGACAAGGUGUAGGAUCGCCUGUCCAAUCUCGUGGGUUUUCUCCGGGUCCCCCACCCUCUCUCUCCAUCUCUCCCAAUUGAUGUUGAUAAGUAGGACACUAACACCCAAAGCCAUUAAAAACUCAAUGCCAAAUUCAAAGUUUAUUUACUGCAACAACUUUUAACAAAUGUACAUAACAAUUGACAAAAUCGAGAUAACAAGCAUCUGUGGAUAAUUUCAUGAAAGAAUUCACCACAAAUGCACAAAACCGAAACGUCAGAGAACCAUGAAACAAAGCAGGGGUCAGCUGAAGUCAAUAUCGGGUAUGCCCACCCUGAGCUCUUACACAUGCCUGAAGUCGCCUUGGCAUGGACUGGCACAGAUGUCUCACUACACGCUGUAGGGCUGUUUGAGGGCUGAUCUGACGUUGCCGUGUUCCAACAGUUCCCCUGGCAGUAGCAGUAGCUGAAUGGAACCUGUUGCGCAGAAGCUGUAGUCGGAUGUGGCGUUCCAAGUCGGGGUCGAUCGGCAACUCUUCCAGUGGCGUGGAAGCGUUGCCUGCGGCAAACAAUGGUCGAUGUGUGGACAUUAAAGUGACUGUCGACGGCUACCUGUGAAGCCCCCCGAUCCAGCAUGGAAAUAGCUGUUCCUGUUUUCUUUUGUUAGGCGUGUUUGUUUUGUUUCCGAAUUGAUGAAUGUUAAAUUUUUUAUCUGUAUUUAAAGGGCCAGAGUGAAGGGAAUGCACGUGCAAAAAGACAAAGUGUUGCGUUUGCACGAUCAAAGUUCAUUACCGAGAACUGAUAUUGGGUUCAAACCCAGAACUCCUCAAAAAGAGAUCCAUCACAUGUUUCGCCUAUGUGCCAUAAGGCAUUGCGCUUUUAAUGGCUUUGGGUAUAUUAUAAUAAAGUGUAAAAAAUGAAAUUAUAUAAAUAUAUGUAUACAUAACCCAAAAUAAGUUUUUACAUUAAAACUAUGUACAUUGUUAAA